AUGGUUGGCGACUUUAUCAGAGAUUGUCCUCAGGCCAAGAAAGAGGAGUCGAAAAAGAAUACCAUUCAGAACCCGGGAAAACUUUUUACUAUGACUCAGGCUGACGCAGAUGCUAGUCCGUCAGUGGUGACAGGUCAGUUAUCUAUUAAUGGUUGUUCCUAUACUGCAUUGUUUGACUCGAGAGCUACUCAUUCUUAUGUAUCGAGUAGAGUAAUUAAAAGUUUUCAUAAACCCUGUGAUACAUACGCUUCGAGGUUUGGUACCUUGUUACCUUCGGGAGACCUUAUAGCGUCCACUAGGUGGAUUCGAUCUUUAUCUUUCUGGAUUGGCGUUUGUGAAUUAACGGCCAAUCUAAUAGAGCUACAACUUUCUAAUUUCGAUAUAAUCUUGGGAAGAGAUUUUCUGUCUAAGUAUGGGGAAAUGAUCGACUGCAAGCGGAAGAUGGUAGUGUUUGAGCCCGAUAGUGCUAACCCGGCAGUGUUUGUGGGUAAAGUGCAAGGGACACGCAUACAAAGGAUAACACUUAUGAAAGCUAAAGAUCUGGUGAGCAGAGGUUGUCUGGGAUUCAUAGUUACUGUAGUGGAUACCAGCUAA